AUGGCAGGGUAUCGAAAGAGUACAAAAAACUUUGUAUAUCCAGUGACAUGUCGUUAUGUACGGACGUUAUUUCUAGUGAUAUUAGUAAUAUUAUCUCAAGUGACUUUAACCUAUUCCCGAGCUAGCAGACAAAAAAGACAUAUAUGGGAAAGACCCGGAUGCACCAAAGUUUUUCAUGCACGUGUUGUAAAAAUACCAUAUUGUGUAGAAUUUCGGGUUGAAACGAAUGCUUGUCGAGGAUUUUGUGAAUCCUACGCACAUCCUUCCCUCAGUUCGACUUUAUUAUUAAAUCCUAAUUUACGGAUCACUUCUCGGUCAGAAUGUUGUAGUAUUACCAGUACACACGAUGUUACAGUCCGAGUUUGGUGUAUCGGAACCGGGUGGACAAACAAGACGUUUAAAUCUGCAGUCGAUUGUGGUUGUUCAAUUUGUAGACAGGACUGA